GUGCAUUGGAUGUGCCUUGAAGGAGACUAAGACCAUGGAAAUACAUCACAACAACAAGCAAGGUUGGUCUUUUUUCCUGUAUCUCUGCAUGUGUGGGGCAAUAUGUGAGUCCUUCCACUAUUCAGUGCCUGAGGAAAGGAAAAGUGGGUCUCUGGUAGCAAAUGUGCUAAAGGAUUUGAAAAUAGAUGUAAAGGAACUGUCUGUUCGCAGACCCUGGCUGGUUUCAAAGAGCACCAAGCAAUAUUUCCAGCUGGAUCCCCACUCUGGGAAUGUACUAUUAAAGGAUAAAAUAGAUCGAGAGGCUGUGUGUGGUCAGAAUGACCCAUGUGUCUUACUAUCUGAAAUUGUGCUGGAAAACCCACUGCAAGUGCACAGAAUUGAAGUUGAAAUAGAGGAUGUGAAUGACAACUCCCCCCAGUUCUCUAAAAAAGAAUUCCUUUUGGAAAUACCUGAGCAGACGCUCACAAAUACUCGGUUUCCUGUGGAGAGCGCUGAAGAUCUAGACAAAGGUGAAAAUGCUGUUCAGAAUUACACACUUAAUCAUAAUGAUCAUUUUGGGCUGGAUGUGCAAAGUCACCCAGGUGGGAGUAAAUACGCAGAAUUAGUGUUGCAGAAACCUUUAGACCGAGAAAAGGAUCCACGGCUUUUCCUCAUUCUGUCAGCAGUUGAUGGAGGAACCCCAAAGAGAACAGGAACAGCAAACAUUAUCAUUGAUGUUCUGGAUGUCAAUGAUAAUGCCCCUCAUUUCCCUCAGUCUCUGUACAACCUGAAAAUAAUGGAAAACACCCAGCCAAAUACACUUGUAACGAAAGUGGAAGCAACCGACUUGGAUUUGGGCCCAAAUGCAGAAAUCACUUAUUCCUUCAGCCAGGUGCCAGAAAAUGUGCUCAGAUCUUUCAAGUUAAACAAACAUACUGGGGAACUUAUAGUUGCAGGAGUAAUUGAUUAUGAAGAGAAUAGAAAUUACGCAAUAAGCAUCAAAGCCACGGAUGGAGGGGGGCUCUCAGCUUACUGCAAAGUCAUUGUGGAGGUGGAGGACAGAAAUGACAAUGCCCCAGAGGUGACCCUCACAUCCCUCACCAGCCCCUUACCAGAAGAUUCUCCCCCGGAUACCAUUGUGGCCCUUUUCAGCACUGUGGAUCGAGAUUCUGGGGAAAAUGGCAGAACUUCCUGUACCAUUCAGGCAAACCUGCCCUUCAUGUUAAAAGUGGCAGAGAAUAACUAUUACCAGCUGGUGACCCAGCAACCCCUGGACCGAGAAAGCGUCUCAGAGUAUAACAUCACCAUCACAGCUACAGACAGGGGCUUCCCUAGGCUCACUUCAACAAGAAUAAUUAACGUUCAGAUCUCAGAUGUCAAUGACAAUGCUCCAGUAUUUGAAAAGUCAACAUAUGAAAUGCAAUUACAGGAAAAUAAUAUUCCAGGUCUGCUGAUCGGUUUGGUCCAAGCCAAUGACCUAGACACAGAGCAGAAUGCCAAAGUGACCUAUUCUCUUUUGCCUGGGAAGGUCAGCAGUCAACCUGUGUCCUCUUAUGUCUCCAUCAACUCUGAAACUGGGAAUCUGUAUGCCAUCCGAUCUCUGGACUAUGAGCAGGUGAAAGAUUUCCAGGUGACUGUGAGGGCUGUGGACAGCGGUUCUCCUCCCUUGAGCUUCCAAGUUAUGGUCCGAGUUGUUAUCAUGGAUGAAAAUGAUAAUGCCCCGUUCAUCCUGUACCCUCUUCAGAAUGGCACUUCCCCGUCCAAUGACCUGGUUCCCAGGGGGGCUGAGGCUGGCUACCUGGUCACCAAGGUGGUGGCCGUGGACAGAGAUUCCGGUCAGAACUCUUGGCUUUCCUAUGAGCUCCUGAAGGCCACAGAACCAGGUCUGUUCAGUGUCGGGGCCCAGAAUGGAGAAGUGAAAACCAUGAGGCCCAUAAAUAAACGAGACACCUUGAAACAGAAACUUAUCAUUGGAGUCAGAGAUAAUGGACACCCUCCCCAGUCCACCUCUGCAACGCUAAGCAUUCUGCUAGUGGAUGGCUUCUCUGACCCUUAUAUGAAAAUGGUGGAUAUUCCAAAGGAGGAAGUAGUACAGGAGGAAGACCGUAACCUGACUAUGUAUCUGGUCAUAUGCUUGGCUGUCAUCUCCUUCAUUUUUCUGGUUUCUGUGUUGGUGUUUAUUGCCAUCAAGAUUCAGAAAAGGAGGAAGUUCAUAGAAACCUCCACCUUGAACUUCCCAGUGGGACCGAAUUUCCCAGAGAUCUGUGGAGAUGUUGAUGCUGGAUCCCUUUCCCGGGCUUACAACUAUGAAGUGUGCUUAGCUGGUGGUUCUCUGAACAGCGAGUUCCGGUUUCUUAGGCCCCUUUUUCCAGUAUUUUCUGUGGAGCCUGCUCAGUCUCAGGGGGCUCAAAGGAUUUCAGUUGGUACCCAAGAUCUUUCCAGUGAUGCAGAGAAAACUGAGCUCAUGAACCAGGUGAGAAUAAUUUAA